AUGAAAAAGAGUGAUUUUUUCAAAAUUUUUACUCUAAUAUCUUUGAUAUUCUAAUAGCAUAAAGCUUCUCUUUGUCCAAAAUUUUCUAGACAACACUAAGCUAAGUUUUUUGAUGGAUAUUUAGUAUCUAAUUAUUUAAAAAUACCAAAUACUAACAUACUUUUGGUGAACAAUAUUGUCUAUUAAAAUGGUGCAGAGGCUUCUAGCAUAGUUUUUUAUAAUGAUAUUACAGAUAUAAAAGACAAUAUAAUCAAUGUUGUUAAACCGAACUACAUUAUUGUUUAGAUGGAGUAUAUUUAGGAAAGAAAUCAAAUAUUAGUAAUGAAUGCAGAGAAAAUAAUCUAUGCUGAUCCAUACACUCUUGAAUCAAUAUAAGAUCUUACAUUUAGCAGAUUAAAAGGAAUGUCUUUUAUCAAAGGAUCUAAUUAUGCUGUCCUUCAAACAUACUUAUUUUUCAUAUAUGUAGUAGAUGUUGUUGCUGGAUAACAGAUAUUAGCUUUAGAUAUUUCGCCAUAUAAUUCUAGUUCUAGCAACACUAUAAAUAUGGCUAAAUUUUUCUCACUCUAAAAUGGAUAAAAGUUUAUCACUGUAAUUGAUUAGAAAGGAGCAUAUACCUGGUCUAUAGAUUUUAAAACUCUAAGUUUCACCUUUAAUGGAUAUAUAUAAGAGCAGUAAAAAAAUAGUGAUGGAACUUCAAGAUAUAAACUAGUUGACCUUCAUUCAAGUUAUGAUAUUUUAUUUUUAGCUGGUACAUAUUAUCAAAUAAGCGCUUUUUAAAUUGUAGAUUUAGCUAAUAAACAAAUCAAACUAUUAUUAACACAAAGUCUUUAAAAUGCAAAUUAAAAUACAGUAUUUUAAAGCUUAAAUUUCAUAGCUUUAUAAAAUGGAUAAAAUUCUUUAUUUUUAGGCGAUAAUAACCUAGCUUAUAGGAUAGAUUUGUAGAUAAAUUACAACAAAAUCACUAAUAAUGUUGACAAUUUUAGCUUUUAAAAUAUCUAAAAUCCGUUUAUUAUACCUUUUCCUGGAUAUUCAUCUUUAAGAUGGUCUUACAUAAAAUAAAAUACUGUAGCUUAUACAUCUGGAGGAUUUACUAAAAUUUUUAGUUUCUCAUUAAAUUAAAAUUAAUACUUUGCAGUAGCUAAAGUCAAUAACAUAUAUAUCACAUAAGACUCUCCUAGUAACUAACCAAUAUAAAUUGUUCCAAUAAAUGGUACAAUAAAAUUAAGACAAAACACAUUUCUCUCUGUUAAGGGUUGCGAAAAUUGUUUUGGAUUUAGUAUAGGGCAACCUCCUUUAAAUUUAUAAUUUGAUAGGAUUAAUUAUAAUGUAGAAUGCUAUUUUGGAAGUAAUAACUCUAUUUGGUGUAUUUUAGGUCUGCCAUACAAAGACAACUAAGAAAAUUGUUUAUUUUAUAACAUAGAUAUAAAUAAUAAAUAGUAUUACAAGCUCAUUUCUAACAAUUUAACAGAUAAUUAGUUAUUGUCUAGUUAUGCUCUUUAUUCUAUUAUUGAUAAAGAAAUUAUUGGAGUAGACGUUUUUGGAAGUAUAUAUGGUUGGGAUGCUGUAAGUUAAUCAUUUAAAUAUAAACUGCAAAUAGGUUAGUUUAAUUGCUCUGGUUCAAUCAUUGGAUAAUUAUUUCAAACAAGUAAUUAUAAAUUUAUUAUAAUGGUUUGUGGUGAUUAUAAAACAAUCAGCUACAAUUUUAUUACAGGUUAAACAUAAUAUUUGAUUACUUUGGCUUCAAGUCCAUACCAUAUCAACUCUUUUGAAUCUUAAAAUAUUAUUGGCUUAGGAGAUUAAAAUAGUGGUGAUGUUUACAUAUGGUAAUUAAAUACUACAAGUUCGUAAUUUUAGCUUUUUAUGCAUUUCUAAUCUCCUCUAUACAGUGAUACAUCUAAUAAUAUGUAGUAUUUACCAUAAAAUUAAAUUUUAUUUAUUUAGUACUAUUACAGUAAUUUGUUUUUCCCUAUUGGUUCAUGUUUAAAUAACCUUACAAGUUGCUUAAGCUGCUAAAUGAACUUUUAUUUUAAUAAUACUGAGACUGCUGUAAAUAAUUACUCUUAUGGAAUAGGCACAGCAGAUAAUCCAUUUAGUUCAUCUUAUAGCAUAAUAUCAGCAUUUUUAUAAGUUUAGCAAUAAAUAUAAUUAAUUAAUGGUUUUCAAAACUUAUAAGCUUUUGUUUUAUUUGAUAGUCAUAAUUAAAUGAAUUACUAUAAUGAGCUAUUUAAUCUUUAAACAUUUAAAUCAACAAAUUUGACAUUAUAAAGUUGGUUUUCUGACAAAUAAGCAUAAAUAAAUACUAAAUAAAAAAUUUAAUUUUCUAGUUUAAAUAUGCUAAGCUUAAAUAAUUUAAAUUUUAACUUUAUAAAUCAAACCAGUGAUUAAUUGUAAUGUGGAAUACUUUUCAGUAAUAUAUAGUAAGGGGUUAUUAUAGACAAUAUUGAUAUAUCUUCUUCUAAUAAUUUAUCAGAAUGCUAUUAGAUUAUAAUUGAUAAUUCUUAUGUUUCUUUAAACAAUAUUACAAUAAAGAAUGUAGAUCUUUCAAAGAAUUAUGAGUUGAUUAGUAUUUAAAAUUCUUAAAAAAUUGCUUUUAAUAAUUUCAUUUUAGAUGGUUGCACUCUAUCUUAGAAUUUUAGUAUAUUAACCUAAUAAACUGAUGUAAAAGUUAUAAUUAACACUGCAGUAAUUCAAAAUAAUAUUUGUGAUGUAAGUAAUUUAAACUAAUUGUCAUUUGCAGGUGAGUUAUUCGAAGCUGGAUAAUAUGAUAUCACCGAUAUGACUAUUAUUGGUAAUUCUUUUUGCAAUUUAAAGAUAUUUUCAACUGUUAGCACGAUAGAAUAGAAAAAUUAUAUCUUUUCAUUCAAUAAAAUAACUUUAUCAAACAAUAAUUUUUAUACUACGGCUUCAUAUUUAUUUUUUGAUGCAAUCUAUUCAAUUAAUCCUGCUCCUUAACACACCCUAAUAAUGAACGAUUUAAUGUUUUAUAAUAAUACUUAUCUGCCUUCUUCUACAGUGUAAACAGAAGUAAAUAUGGAAAUUACUUAAUUUGUUCUGUUAGAAAAAAUUCAAAGUGUAAAUUUAUCUUAAAUCACCAUGAAAAAUCAUCAAGAAAUAGCCUUUUGCUCCAUAUCAAAAUCAUAAAUUAUUUAAAUCAGCUAUAUUAAUUGCUUAAAUGAAAAAAAUUUUUAUAACAGUUUAGGUUAAAAAUAAUAUGCUGGAUGUUUAAUUUUUAAUGAAGUGAAAUAACUCACCUUAUCUAAUCUUUUAUCAAGCUAUAUAAAAAAUAUAAAAAUAGAUUCAUCAUAAUUUUAUUCAAAUAAAUUAAAUGGAUUAUAAGGUCCUUAACUUUAAUCCACCACUGCGAUACAAAUAUAAAAUCCAUUAGGAACAAUAAAUCUACUUAAUAACUAAUUUAAUAAUUCAAAAUCAAAUUCAAUUUAUAAUUUCGUAUAUUUAAUAGCUUUGAAUGUUACUUUAAAUUAAAUAAGCUUUUAGUAAUCCUCCUUUGAUUUAUAAGACAUCUAAUCAAAAUUUGUUUAGUUAGGAGGUUGUCUAAGAGUUAAAACAUAACUUUUAAAUAUUUAAUCAUCUAAUUUUAGUUAAUCUACUGCAAAUAAAGGUUCUUUUCUUUAUAUAGAGAAUAUAAGUAAUCAAAUCAAUAUUACAAUCGAAGAUUGUUUAUUUAAAGAAGGUUAUGCUGAAGAUGGUGGAGCAAUUUAUAUAGAUUCUUAGAACUCUAAUUUUAAUUUUGUUAGUAAAAAAUCAAAUUUUAGUGAUAUUUAUAUUUUUAAAAGUAACUCAGCUUCAAUAUCAAUCAAAUAAUCAUAAAAAACACUUGGAACAAACUCAAUAAUACUUGACUAAGGAAUUUAUAAAAAUAUAAUUGGACCAAUAAAUUCAGUUUUUUCAGAUGUUAUAAAUACAAAUAUCACAAUUUAAGGUAUAGAAAACAUAGGAUUUAAUGGAAUUUAUCCUGAUUAUUUAAAUACUAUAUUUAAAAUUACAGAUCUUUAAUCUGUACUAUUUCUUUAAACUGAAUCAUCGACAAUUCAAUUAUCAAAUUGUAAAUUCUAAAACAUUACAGUAAAAAGUUAUUAAUAAAGUAUCCCUAUCUUACUAAAUUCCACAUUAUCAAAAAUAACUUUAUAGUAAGUAAUUAUAUAAAACUCAUCAUUUUAUACAAGCCUAAUAAGCUCACUUUAAGGAUAGAUUUCUAUUAUAGACUCUUAAUUUAUAAAUAUAACAUAAUUCAAUAACAAAAGAAUAUUAUAGGCAACUAAUCAAAUAGAUUUUUUAGGAAAUUCUUUAAUUUUACUUACAUCUUCAAAAUUAAUUGUGCAAGGAUAAUCUAUUUUUUCAUAAAUUUCUUGUAUUUAGUGCUUUGGUUCAACUUUAUAGUUAGUAAGUACCUAAUUUAACAUUUAAGAUGCUAUAUUCUAAGACUCUAAAGCAAACAAUGGUGGAGCAAUUACACUUAAUGGAUUAUCUUCUCAAUAAAGUGUAAUUCAUAAUACAUAAUUUAUACGAAAUACAGCACUAAUUAAUGGAGGAGCUUUAUAUAUUAAAGCACUUAUAAAAGAUGUAUUUAGUUUAACUUUAUCUGAUUGUAGCAUAACAGAAAAUAAAGCUUUAACAGGAAAUGGUGGUGCCUUGUUUAUACGCUCUGAUAGUGAAUCAUCAAAAUAACAAAUUAUAAAUUUUUAAAACACUAAAUUAACUAAAAAUUAAGCUAUUAUAGGAGGAUGUAUUGACAAUUAAGUUAUAAACCCAAGCUUUGAUUCAAAGUGUAUAAUAUAAGAAAAUUAAGCUGAGUUAUAUGGUGAUGACUAUAAUUCAUAUCCUAGUCAUUUAAAUUUAAUAGAAACACCAGAAUUAAGUUAAUACUAUAACUCAUCUACAAAUAAAUUAUCUCUAAAAAAUAUUAAAAGUGGAUCACAAAUACCAUUUUUAUAUUUCGAAUUAAGAGAUGGGACAAGUAAACCAAUAUUUCCUAAAGAUGCUAAUAAAAUAAAUGUUUAUGUGCAAUUCAGCAAUAAAACCUAUAAUAUAUCCAAUUAUUAUGUUAGAGGAAAUACCAAAGCAUUUGUGGAUUUAUAAUAAAAGUAAUUUCUAUUUUAAGAUUUAUAAUUAGUAGGUACACCUAAUUCAAAUGCUAUCUUAGAAUUCAAAUCUGAUGCUAUUAAAAUAUUAAAUGAAUAAACUAACUAAUAUGAAUCUAACUAUUCGUAUGAAGUACAAGUUUAUUUCAGGAGGUGCUAAUAUGGCGAAAUUGAGAAUUCCUAUAAUACUUAUAAGGAAUGCAUAGUUUGUGAUUAAGAUAAGUAUUCUUUAGAUAAUUAAUAGUGUUACUCAUGUCCUUAAGGAGCAAAAUGUAAAAAUGGUUUAAUAUUUGUCAAUUAAGGUUUUUGGAGAAGAAAUGAGAGUAGUCCUCUUGUAAUUGAAUGUAUAAAUAGGCCAUAAAACUGUGUUGGAGAUACUUAUGGUAAUAAAGUAUGCUUUGAAGGUUAUAUAGGACCUCUUUGUGAAGAAUGUGAUAUUUAUGGAAGUUAUUGGGGAUAAAACUAUUCUAAAGUAGGAUCUUAUCAAUGUGGAUUGUGCAAAGAUUUAGGAUCUUAUUUGUGGAAAGCUAUUUUAACAAUAAUUUGGACAUUGUUUUCGAUUCAGCUAGCUAUAAGAGGAGAUUUAGAGGAAUAAACAAUAAUAGCUGUUUAGUUAGCUUUGAAAAGACAUUCAACAAUAGAUUAUAAAAAGAUCUCUACUAACGAGCAGAAAUAUCGUAAAAAGAAAAAAAAAUUUAUGAAGAAAUAUCAUAAAAAUAAGAGUUCUAUAAGUGAAGAGAAAGCUAGUGUUUAUAUAAAAGUAUUUACUAAUUAUUUGUAAAUUAUAGGAUCAAUAGUGACAUUUAACAUAAAAUUAACUACGAAUAUUUUUGAUACUUCCCAGUAUUUAGGAACACCAGUAAAGUAAUAAAUGAAUUCCCUUGACUGUACUUUAAAAGAUAUUUAAACAGAUAUUCCUAUAAUCUAUCUUAGACUCCUUUUUACUCUAAUAGUACCAAUUGCAUAUUUAUUUGCUUUUAUAAUAGGUUUAGUUUUCUAAAAGAUAUUUACAAAAACAAAAGUUCAUUUAUAUUCAAUAUGCACUGCUAUGAUAUUUAUAUUUAUUUUAGUCUAACCAGACUUAGUUUCAUAAAUGAUAGCCAUUCUUUCUUGCAGAUAAAUUGGUGAUACAAGUUACAUUCUCUUCAAUGUUAAUUACGAGUGUAAUUCUGAUUAGCAUAUCAAAUACAGCACUAUUUUAGUUACUCCUAGUUUACUAGUGUUUGCAUUCAUCAUACCAAUUGUGUUAUUUUACAUUCUAUAUAAAAAUAGAAAAGAAUUAUAAAGCAUAUCAAUCAAUAAAAAAUAUGGUUUUUUAUUUAGAGAAUAUAAAAAAGAAAUGUAUUAUUGGGAAUUUAUAAAAAUGUUUGAAAAAAUAAUGAUAAUAAUAGUUCUUAACUUUUAUUCACAAAACAUAAAUGUUAAAGGUGUACUAAUGUUUAUGAUAAUAACUCUCUAUGGAAUAUUUUCAAGUAUCUUACAGCCUUAUAGCCAAUAGGGCUAUAAUCUAGUAGAUUUUUAUUAGAAUAACGUAUGUGCUAUCACAGUACUUCUGUGUUUAUUUAUUAAUAAUAAUCCUUUUAAUUAUUUUGUAAUUACUUCAAUUAUAGCCAUAAUAUUAGUUAAUAUUUGGUUUAUUGCUGUCAUAAUCUAAAGAGUAGUAAAAGGAUAUUUAACAUAAUUCAAGGAUAUCAUUUUAAGAAUAGGCUAAAAAUUCUCAUUUACUUAAAAAUUAAUAAAAAAAUACCAUAAGUAAUUCAAUCCUGAAUUAAAGGCUAAAAUAAAAUAAAAAUUAUUAUUAUUUUCAUAACUUGAUGAGGAAAAAAGAUAUGAACUUUUCUUAUCAGGAUUAAAAGAAUAAAUUAAGAGAGAUCACUCUAGGUUAUUUAAAAAUUCUUUGAAAGAUUAAGAAGAAAAGAAUAGUGAAAAGAUUAAUUUAGACGAAGAAAAUUAGUUAAAGCAUAAACUUUAAAAGAAAAAUAGUUCUGAUAUUGAAGGGAAUGCUCCUUAAACUAUUUUUACAAACUAUAACAGUAAAUCCUCAAAUUAAUAAGAAUUAGUGCCAUUAGAUAUAGCCAUAGAUUUCAAAGAGUCUCAAGAAGAAGGAAAGCAAGAUAUUAAUUAUUUUAAUAAUGAAUAAAAUUAAAGUAAAAAUAAAUAGGAUGAUUUAAUAAAUUUUACUUAAGAUAGUGAUAAUUCCUCAAAUGAUUGA